CUCUCUCCAGCGCGAGCUCUGACUGUGUGGGUUUCUUUUCCGGAAGAGGAAAUCUUACAGUAGUUUUUGACGAAGUUUUGGGAAAGUUUUUCUCCAGGUUUUUCCUGCAGUUUCCACGGUUCAGCUUGGAGUGUGUGUGUGUGUGUGUGUGUGUGUGUGUGUGUGUGUGUGUGUGUGUGUGUGUGAGUGAGUGUGUGUGUGUGUGUGUGUGUGUGUGUGAGUGUGUGUGUGAUCAGGGAGUCUGCUGCAAACACCGACAGCUUCUUUAACCAUGGUGAUUAGUCUCCCUCUGUAGUGUCCUAGGAGGACAUGGAGGAGUGUGAGCUGCCCCCGGCAGGCAGGGAUCACCCCUGGAAAUCUGCCACCAUGAGGAGGAUGGCAUGGGCACAGAGUCGAGAGUCCUGGCCGGCCCCGGAAUCAGAAGAACCUCUUAAUAACAACAACAAACCUGGAGCAACCUCUGAGACGGGUCCGAUCCCUAACAACAUCGCGAGCUGGCUGAGAGAAUGCAGGACUCCUCUUGGAGCGUCUCUGGAUGAGCAGUCCAACAGUCCAACCAAAGGACCACAGAGGAAUGGCUGUAGCUUUGAAGAUGACUUGUCCUUGGGUGCUGAAGCCAACCUACUCCAGAGCAGCAGUGCCAAACCAGACCCCAGUAACUAUGACAUGCAAGCAGUGGAGAAGAGGAGUCAGUUCAGACAGAAGAGUCGGAGCAUGAACUCCACCGGCUCGGGAAAGAGCAGCGGCACCGUGUCCAGUGUCUCUGAGCUGUUGGAUCUGUAUGAAGAGGACCCAGAGGAAAUCCUGUACAAUCUGGGCUUCGGCCGUGAAGAGCCUGACAUUGCCUCUAAAAUCCCCUCAAGGUUCUUCAACACAUCAUCCAAUGCCAAGGGCAUCGAUAUCAAGGUUUAUCUGGGAGCACAGAUGCAACGCAUGGAGCUGGAAAAUCCCAACUAUGCCCUCACCAGUCGUUUUCGCCAAACUGAGGUUCUGGCCACUGUGGCCAACGUCUUCUCAGAGAUCUACUCCCAGGUCUCGGGUCGUCCACUUCAAAAGAUCUGCCAGAAGUCUGAGGCAGAACCUACAGAGCCUGCCCCACCACGGAGGAGUAACUCCACACUUAAUGCAGUGAAGAUCCUAAAGAAGAACAUCACCCGAACAAACCUCAUGGCCUUGGCGGAGAUCAUGUCAACACCGUCCACAAAAUCUGACCCAGAGGGAACUAAAAAUGGUGUUUGUGAGCCUCAUUCAGACGCAGAGCCCAAGCAGAAGAUUUUCCGGAGGAAAGACUCAUCUCUGGCGACAGUGACUGAGGAGUCUAAUCAGUCCGGGGUCGAUGUUUGUGACUCUGAGGCAGGAAACUCCAAAGUUGUUAACGGAGAACGAUUGGCUCCAAGCGUUGCUGAAAAACCUGAGGUGGUUCCGGAUGUUUCAGACACACCAGUCUCGGUGUCGGAGCAGAGGAACGAAGAAAACGUUGAAUCCGAUUCAAGUCUGAUCCCUGAAAGGCAGAAAACUGUCUCCUCCUCUUUCAUUCCAGAUAAAGAGCCCUGUUCCUUCCUGCCCAAUCCUCACAUGGCACAUCUCCUCACCCAGCCACGAGACUCCUUUGAGAUGGAAGAGUUACAGAGUAACGAGGAUGAGGCUGGGACUCGCUGUUUCUCCAUAGAGGGCAGUGAGCCUUUACUGAGGACAGCUAGUCAACAGUCAGACAGCAGUGGCUUUGCAGAGGAUCCCUCAACAGAAAGCUCGGCUAAUUUUCUAAAGGUCCAGGAGAGCUCGGACAGCUGUGACAGCGAAACAACUGUGACGGCUCACAUGGUCGAACCUGGAACACCUGGAUCACUGGAACACCCAGCCUUUGAAAGACUGCUGGUGGAUGAGGAGCUACUCAUGCAGACCAGUAUGGGGAUUUUUGGCCCAAUCGGAGCUGAGGAGGUCCCUGAACUUGUGAGCCAACCGGUGCCAAGUCAUCGUAUCAUGGACAAGCCAAGGCCAGAGACUCUGGAGACUGCUGUGUCUGAGAGAGAAACUCAUGAUAGACUUACUGAUCCUGUAAUUGAGGCAAGCUCUAGCACAGAAUCACUCUGCACUGUAGAGUCCGCAGAUCCAGAGGCAUCUACGGAUCUUGUUUCAGCCCCAAACAUAUCUAAUGCAAAUGCAGAGAUUACCCCUGCGGGUGAACAAGAUAUGGCGGCGGACAGUUCAGAAGAGAUAAGUUUAUCUACACCAUCAAGCUCUUCCAAACCAUUAGAGCCAGUGUUAGAAGAUGUACACACCCCAAAUCAAAGUUCAGAUCCUGUUCCUGAGUCUCAAACAGAGGACCUUAGCACCUCAGGUAGGGUCCGUGGUGCCCUGCUUCGGGCCCAGCAGAGGACCAUCUCAUGCGAGGAUCAGAGGGGGCGAGUUUGGAUUCGGUCAAGCGACCUGCUGAGGAAUGUCAAUGAGCAGGCGAGGAACCCACUUCAAAGGUCCAGCUCUCUCCCAACCUCAUUGCUGAGCCCAACCCGAGUGGUAUCAUCCGUGCACAUCCAAUUAGGUCAUGGCUCAGUUCGACAGUGCACACCACCAUGCUACAGCUAUCGCUAUGAGGAGGAACCAGAGGAGGUCGCAUCCAUUGCAGAGGAACAAAACAACAACAUUUCUCAGUCCAGCUACCCAUCUGAUCUUGUUGAUGAUUCAGAAACGGAGGUAGACAGCAUGGGAGUGCCUCCAUACCCCAUGAAUGUGCCUCAGCAUUUGACUCGGUCGACUAGCUCACUCUACAGCAUCCCUGCAGACUGGCCCCCACGGCGUAUGGCAGAAGCUCCUGUUUGGAGCACAAACAGUGUUCCUGAUCUGACCCAGCAUACAAGGAUACCACAUCCUGCUAUUCCACGUCACAUCCAGCAAGAACUUCCUCAAUUCCGAGGACUAGGUGGCUCACUUUACCAGAAACCUAUACCAGUUAAGCCCCCUAGUCGCAGUUACACCCCUGUCAACAGCCCCUGCCCUUGCACACAAAGUGGCUUGUAUUCCCAGUAUCCUCAGCCACAGAACUCACCAUUUCCUCACCCUGUAUACACACCACCUCAUGGUUCACCUUUGCCCCAACAAAAUAUGGCAUACACCCACCCACACAGCAUGCCUUACAAUCCUUCAGCACCCUUCCAGUCUCCUCCUUUAACUAACCCUUACGGUUCCUCAUAUAACCUACACCUGCAUUCAAAUCCCUACAACCCUCAAGUGCCUCUUACCCACUCCUACAGUGCCCCCUGUAGCCUGGCCUGUGGUAACACACCUUAUAACCACAACAUGCCCUAUGGACAUCAUUGUAACUCCCCAUUCCACACACCACCGACCUCGUUUUCCCCAAUGUCAGUUUCGUUCCCAUGUGACACCCCAACUCCUCCUCCAGCUAUGGGUAGUACAGAAAUGCAGCUGCGUCGAGUCCUACAUGAAAUUAGAGGCACUGUGCAGAGUUUUGGCCAGAGCGCUUCCGAGCAACACGAUGGCACACCCUCAGGGGUACACAGUCCAAACCAAGCUGUCCAACCACAUUAUGAGGAGCUGCAGAGGAGGCAGAGGAACCUGAAGGUUUUCCGGACUCAGAUGAUGGACCUUGAGCUAGCUCUGAUGAGGCAGCAGUCCAUGGUCUAUCAGCUCCUCACUCCUGAAGAGAGGCACGAGGCAGAGCAGCUCCAGAGGCUCCGUGUUGCUGUUCGUCAGGAGCUGCAGGAGUUAGAGCUGCAGCUGGAGGAUCGACUCACCCUGGAUGAUCAGUAUCACUCAGCUCGCAGCAGUCGCCUCUCCCGCCAUCUGCUGGACAUGUCCAGGGGUCAGAGCCUGGACAGUCUAUCUAGCUCCUCUGCACUCAGAGCUACAGAGCCGGUGACUGAUCUCUUGCGGGAGCAGAUGUAUCUCCAGUCAGAGCUGAGCUACGAUGGCGCUGGUGCAGUGGAAACGCCAACCUCGGCUCGCUCGUCGAGGUCAGUGAGUCCGGUGCGAUUCUGUGACCUCACCUCGUCUCCAUCAAGGAGAAGAGGAGGAGUAUAUCGCUCAACAGUCAGCCUGACACCAUCCAUUCCUCCGAGAUCGGGAGCAGAGAACCAGGAGCUAACAAUGACACAGAACAUGAGCCCUAGCCUACAUGAGGUCACAGCUCAAAGAGCGGCGCAUUAUGUCUCGGACCACGACGAAGACAAUAAAGAGCCUUCAUUUCAGAAAGACAGAAGAGGAGAAGGAGGAGGAGGAGGUGAAAGAGGAGGAGAGGAAGCUUUUGGAAAUGCAGACAUGCAGCAGCUCAUCAAACAGAUAAAGAAGAGUCUCACGGAGGAGAUCAGAAAAGAAAUUGUCCACGAAAUUCUCUCUGCUGUGUCACCACAGAGAUCUCCUGUAAUGACACAAGAACCAGCACCAUGACAACAGUGACUAGCUGAAGAGGAGGAGUGCUGUGGAUCUAAACUCUGAGGAAACACUGCCCUCUUGAGUCCAUCACACACUACUGCAGCUCAAACAAACACCAUCUAUCCAACUUCCUUCCUAGCGAACUUCUCCACUACAACAUCCUGAAACUGAUACUACUGCUCCAGAGACGAUUGUCUGCUCCACCUUUAGCAAUGUUUAUCUUCAGUUCCUCAAACCAGCAUGGGAAGCCCCAGGCUAAGUGGAUAAAACCCCAGCGUGGGCUGUAGUAAACAUCGCUUUGAAUAUAAAAGCACAAAAGUUAACGCUGUAUAAGAUUGAUUAGCCUCUUAAAAUGUUAUUUAAAUGCACACAUUCCACUUUAGCACUUUAGCUAGCAAGCUAACCAAUCUGUUAUGAGCUAGCAUGAAACAAACGCAGACUUGAAUUUGUUAAUUCACUGAGUUAAUAAUGUGAUUGCAGCACCCAUUUUAUACGAUUUAUUCUUCUACAAAUUUGUGCAAAUGUUAAAAAAAAAAAAUUUUCAUGGUCAUUAUUUUUACUUUUUCAACUAUUUGGUGUUUAAAUUAGAUUUUUAAUCACACAUUUGCCAUCAAAUGUGUUCACACCUCUGCCCAAGCUGGGGCUUCAUCCAUCUAAGCCAAGUCUUCUCCCAACUGAAGCCAGGCUUAAAUUUGCCCAAACUCAAACUUUAUCCAACAAAGUGGGGACUUUGUCUCCUCAAGGUGGGGCUUUGUCUUUCCAAGUCUAUCUUCUACACCCAAGAGGAGGGGUCUCAAGCCACUUGGGAGUGUCUGAUGCCCAAGCCCAAGCUUCUCACACCCAAGUAGAGGAUUCUCCUGCUUCUCAUGCAAAUGAGACAUUCUUGUGUUGAAUCUAUGGAUAAUUCAAACUAGGCAGGGGUUUCAUCAAGAGGGAUCUUUAUGUAUCCAAGUCCAAGAGAGGGACUCUCAUGCCCAACUGGUAGUGAUUGAUGCCCAAGCCAGGGCUUUAUCCAGCCAAGUGAAGACUUCAUCCGCCAAAGCCCAAGUUCUUUCACCCAAGAGAUGGUUUCUUAGGCACAGUUACAGGAGUUUGAUGCCCAAGCCAGGGCUUCAUCUAUCCCAGAAAAGUACUCACACUCAAAUGUGGGAUUCUUCUGCCCAGGCUUCACCUUAUCUGCCCAAAAUUAAUAUUUAAACUCUCAUAUGGUGGAUUGUUAUGCCCAACUGGGUGGUUUCUUCCACCCAACCGGAGUCUUUGUCCACUUACACCUAGUCCAAGGCUUCAUCUGAGGAUCUGCAGUUGGAUUUUGUUGGCCUUUACUAUGGAUCACAGCAGGAGCAUUUAUCCACUUUACAAAUACACUGAAAAACUCCAACCAUCCAUUUGUUUAUUUUCACCCACUGUAGCUACUGCACCUUCAUACACUACUGCAUGGCAACAUUUAUACAAAUCCAGUCCAAGACUUUCUGGAGACCUCAACCAGACCAUUAUUACCACAUGGGGGAUUACUGCACUGGAUCUAUUUUACAGGAUCGAGCAUCUGAACUCAAUAAUAAUAAAUUGAUCUUCUAGUUUCCUCCACCUGAGGGCAUCAAAGUAUUCCAAACUUUUAUUUUUUUAACAAAAACUCUGAGUAAAGAGGCUGCAAAUCAUUUCAUACAAGUUUUAUAUGGUACACUGCCAUUCUCCUAAAAACUUUGAGCUGUAUUUCUUUCAUUUUUAUUUUUAUUAUUAUUAUUAUUAUUAUUUUUAUUAUUAUUUGUUGGGGUGAAUGGUGGCCAGGCUUGAUGAUCACAUGAUGUAGGUGAUGGUGAAAGCAUUUUGGUGUGCAUUCUGUACAUAUCUUGAGUCUUCUAAUGCAGCCUCUGUGAGGUACUAACCGUGCAAUAUGUUUCACUUGAACUGACCAGUCACAACUGCUGUUUAUAGGCCUGCCACUUUAAUAAGAGGAAAGGGACACAAGUGUAACCACACACACACACACUCUUCCAACUUUAUACUGGGAGUCCAUGACACGCUUUAUGUGUAGAGAUUAAGCUUUCAGAGCACAGGCACUAAAUCUGCUAUUGUUGCUCCGGUCUUUUAUGACUGAAGCCUUUUUUUAAAUAAAAAAAUAAAGCAAAGCAACCACUAGUUUGUUGGGGAAAAACUUCUCUCUUUUUUUUUUGCCAUGCUGAAUGUCAUACAUGCCUUUUGCAAGUAAAAAUUUUUCAAGUGUUAGAUGGAUGACUUCCGAGCCUUGCGUAUGUGACGAGGCAGGUGAUUUCCAUAGCUGAUCUUUGUUCUAAUGAGUUGUAAUACUAACUGAUUCACAUUUUUUUAAGGGACAUGUUAACUUGUCAUUUGGGAUGCAUGAGGAAUUUAUCUCUAAAGCAAAUCAUUAAUAAAGAUUUAUUUAUUUUGAAUAUA